GGAGAAGGGAGCCAAUGAUGACCGAACAAUUUGGCUAUGGGGCCAAGGCAGGAAACCUCCCAACAGUUGCUCUGCUACUAAUACCGGAGUAAAGUGUUCAAUGUUGGUAACUCUUCAAGAGGGUCGGCCAGUUGGUCAGUCAAAUCAAGGACAACGUUCUCUGCGCAGCCAUUGGACAAAGCACCAAAAUCAAACAUGCCUGAUUCGAGGAGUUACAUUUUCACAUCGUACACUGCCGUCAGGCUGAUGGCUUUGGGCCAAUCUGGAAGAUGCCGUAUCAACAGCCCGGAAGCAAACUCCGGCCGAGGACGGACUGAAAAGAUCGGGGGCGCCGACUGAGGUAGAGCCCGAUUUAGUAGGACGCUGCACAGAUCACGGAGAGUCGAUCUCGACCUCAUUGAAGAGAAAAUUUGCAUGUGCGCCAGGUGCUUUACUAGUAGGAUCCAUGGGACAUGCAAUACAGUACCUGGAAAGCCGUCGCGGGCAAUACGAACAAACGGGCCUUUAGUUCAAGUUAUCACCAUAUCGCAGCGCAUUUCUUCUACUCCGCCGUACAUUUGUAAGGCGGAGUAUUGUUCCUGGUCCGACUUUCCCGCAGGUGGAUUUCGCGUACUACAAACUCCAGGCCGGAUUUCUAUAUGCAGUCCCGGCACUUUUUCAAUUGUCACCUACGACUUGGAGUGCCCUGCCUUGAAACAAGUUGUUCGGUCGCCGAAAUUCUUAGGGCCUCUGGAGGGAAUUUCUAGGUUCUACCAGCGCUACGGCGUAUCCUCUGGCAAUGUCGUCCGCCGCAAUUACUCCCUCUCGAAUCAUCCUCGACCUCUUGCGACCUGCCAGACGAUCAAGAUGCGACUGUGCAAACGUUCGACCUGUUAGCCGAAAAGUCCUGCGCCAAUGUCGACAUGUUUCCACGGCCACGAGUCACUUCUCAGAGAUGGAGGUGGAUUCAGAGUUACCUCCACGGUGGUCGCAGACACCCCCUGCCAUGAAAGCUCCUGUCCGUGCGAGCCCACCACGACAAGGGGUGAAGACAAUCCAGAUCAAUACCGACCAACGGAAACUCGACGACGUAUAUGUGAAGUUCCUCGGCCGAGGAGGGGAUAAGCUAUUGUCAGAAGAGACGAAAUGGCUCGCGGUCACGAGCAAGAGUUUUGACCAUGGGCGUCGAGGAUUCAAUGAUCGUCUCGCCUUCUUCGGGAAACGAAUACUUGAGCUCCAGUGCUCAUUGGGCCUGCUCAGUGUAUCGGAUGCCGCGAUAUUUUUGAAAGACAAAGACAAAGAUCCUCACGGUCGCGAACCGUUCCGGCAUCCUGCAAUCGAGUCUGCAGAAUGCCUGGUUGGAGGAGCCCACGAAUGGUUCACACAUCACAAGCAACUGGCAAAUAUAGCAACCCAGUACGGUCUACCGGAAGUGAUACGGUGGCAUCCCAAAGAUCCCGAACGCCUACAGGCAUCUGGCGCAGACCUCGUAUACGCACAAGCAGUUCUUGCAAUCAUCGGGGCGCUGGCUUUGGAGCAAGGCGGCGCGGUCGCAAACCGCAUAGCGAAAGAAAGAGUGCUUAUUCCUCUGGGACUGAAGAGAGAUUGGAAGCCCAGAGGGGAGAUUGCAGAACCCUCGCAGAUAUAACGCCACAGGUUCAUUUGUUCCUAUCACAAUAGCCUUAUGAUCGUGUACACUACAAAUAAUGUUUGGGGCCUCUGACACCGCCUGAGCAAUUUUGAUCAUGAAAUGAGUUGAGUGCUCAGCCAGCUCUUAUGGCACCUGGGAGAUUUGGUCUCCGCGUCUCUGAAUCGCAAAGGCUGGCAAUCGAGUAAACCGCAGAACCGCGACAAAAUGCCACGGUCUGGGAAAAUGCUGCAUUGCACUGUCUGUUGGACGCGUUGGUGGAAGAGGGAAAAAGCUGGAAAUUUUUAGAGUGUCAAAAUAUAGGUUAAUUCUCAUCACGUGGGAUCUCCACUGUAAAAUCUCAAGCACGUGAUGAAUUGCGCCUUAGCGUCUCAGACUCAC